UUUUCACUUUUUUUUUGUCAUAUAUCAAUAUGAUACACAUAUUCGAUAUUUAUGUUGCUUCUUUUGUUGAGAACAGCUGAACUUGCAAUUUUUUUUCUUUAAUCUAUCAAAUUAUUACUUACUCAUCUCAAUAUGAGCAAGAAAAGAAAUCCAAUGCGCAAAUCUUGUGAUGAAAAUGGACGUUUCGUCGUUAAAUCAAACAUUAUGUCUGCACCGAGAAUAAAAACUCUAACACGCGCUAGAAAAGAGGAAAUCAGCCCAGUGAAAGCUCAUCUCAAGGCCCAAUUACCUGCACUCACAUCCACCGGUGUUAGAAGGUAUCGCCUACCCUAUCAUGAAUCUAUUUUACUGGAGCUCAACGAAGCGGGAUUUUUCGAGGCGAAGGAUUACCUCAAGCGCCUUUAUGAACAUGAUAAUGAGCUAGAAAUUCCGAAAAUUAAAAAACUCAAGGAGCAACGUCACCUCAUUGAAAAAAUUCAGUAUGGAUUAGUAAAUGCGGAAUUGGCAAAACGAAGAAAUGAGAAAAUCGAACAAGCAAUGCAAAUGUUGAAAAUCGCUUUGUUCUUCCAAUCAUUAAUGCCAGAAUGGUUUUGGAUUGCUGAUGAGUUCUUCAAAAGUGCUCUGAAAAUUUCAAGUGAAAUCGUGGAAGAUGGGGGAGAAAUAUUAAAUAUUAUCAAAUAUAUUUAUGGGAAUUUCCUUUUUCAUGGGAUGAGGGAUCCCAUGAGUGCGUUUACUUUACUCGAUGAAGCUCGAAAAGGAUCUCAAGGAAAACCCUGGGAUGCUUAUAAAAUCCUGAAAAAUCAGCCCCGAUAUUUAUUCAGGGAUAUUAAUCUUGUUUUGAAUGAAGUAUUAAUAGCUCUAGCUCAACAAUCGAGGAAGACUCAUCGAAAAUUCGCAGUUGAAAUUGUAACCAGGGCGAUUGAAAGAGCUAUUGAUUCUGGAAGUCAAGAACAUCUUGCCAGAAGUUUAUACGAAGCAGGAGUUACUUACAUGUCUGCAGGAAACAUUGACGAAGCUCUUGACAAGUUUUUAGAAUAUUUAGCAAGAGUCGAGAGAAUAUCAGAUCCGAACGGGCUCUGUGAGGCUCAUAAACAGCUUGCAGCUGUUUACCAAGUACUUGAAGAUUCUGCGAGAGUAAAGUGGCACUUGAUUUUAUUUAAACAACAUGCAGAGCAAUCGGGAUUGGUUGCCAGACUUGCAGAGGCUCAUUAUUAUCUUGGAAAAUUUGAAUUGGAAGAGGGUCGACCGAGUUCUGCCACCCCACAUUUAACAUUCGCCUUUGAAUCAUACAAAAAUCUGGAAAUGAUUAAUGAAAUGGAUAAAGCUCGAUUUCUCGCCGGCAUGUCCAAAGGUUUAUAGCGAUUACAGCAGAAGAUGUAUUUG